CAGCGGCUCAGCCUGUUCCAGGGUGCCGGCCCUCAGCUGGAAGCUGGCAAGCCUCGGGCUGUGCUGGGACCGCCGUGCCCAGCCAGCUCCCUGCCUUGUCCUGUGCUUCUGAUGGGGUCUUCCUGGACUCGUCUCCCACGGGCGCCUGUCCCUGGGUCUUACGUCGGGGACAGCAGCGGUCAGAACCUCCGCCUGAGCCUGCACUGCCCUCUUCACCUGGGGGACCUGGUCAGGCUGAGUGCCGGAUGGGCAGUGAAGGCGCCUUCGUGAGGGCAGCUAUUCUGUCCCCACAGCCGAGUUCUUUUUCUGGGGCAGGGGGCAGGGACGGGAAAUUUCUAAGGUUAGGCUCCUCCCUCCAGUUUCAGUUUCCAUUUCUGAUCCCUGAGUCAACGAGCUGGACUGCCCUCAGCCUGCCGGGGCCAGGAUCCCAGGGAGCUCUUUCUCCUGCCCUGCCUCCUGGCCAGAGCGGCUUCCAGGUGGGCUCCCAGGGUGCUCUGCAGCACCUCCCCGGGCAAGCCGAGGUCUCUGCCCCAGCCCGGGCUGACCAAGAGUGGGGAGGGGACCGAGUCGCCUGCCGUUCCAGAAUGGAGCUACGCCCCUACCAGUGGGAGGUGAUCGUGCCUGCCCUGGAAGGCAAGAAUAUCAUCAUCUGGCUGCCCACGGGCACUGGGAAGACCCGGGCGGCCGCUUAUGUGGCCAAGCGGCACCUGGAAACCGUGCCUGGAGCCAAGGUGGUGGUGCUGGUCAACAGGGUGCACUUGGUGACCCAGCACAGCGAGGAGUUCAGCCGCAUGCUGGAUGGACGCUGGACCAUAACAACCCUGAGGGGGGACAUGGGGCCCCGCGCUGGUUUCGGUCACCUGGCCCGGGGCCACGACCUGCUCAUCUGCACAGCUGAGCUGCUGCAGAUGGCCCUGACCAGCACCGAGGAGGAAGAGCACGUGGAGCUCACGGCCUUCACCCUGCUCGUGGUGGACGAGUGUCACCACACACACAAGGACACCGUCUACAAUGUCAUCCUGAGCCGCUACCUAGAGCUCAAAGUGCACAGGACACAGCCUCUCCCCCAGGUGCUGGGACUCACCGCCUCCCCAGGCACUGGCGGGGCCUCCAAGCUCGAUGGAGCCAUCGACCACAUCCUGCAGCUCUGUGCCAACUUGGACACGUGGCGCAUCAUGUCACCAGAGCGCUACCACACCCAGCUGCUGCAGUACAACCAGAAACCCUGCAAGCAGUAUGACCUCUGCCACCGCCGCAGCCAGGACCCUUUCGGGGACUUGGUGAGGAAGAUCAUGGACCAAAUCCACGACCAUAUGGAGCUGGAGGAGCUGAGCCGGGACUUCGGCACGCAGACCUACGAGCAGCAGGUGGUGGAGCUGAGCCAGGCAGCGGCGAAGGCCGGGCUCCAGGAGCAGCGGGUGCAUGCGCUUCACCUUCGGCGCUACAACGACGCGCUGCUCAUCCACGACACGGUCCGCGCCGUGGACGCGCUGGACACGCUGCAGGAUUUCUACGACAGGGAGCGCGCCACUAAAGCCCGGGUCCUGCGUGCCGAGCGCUGGCUGCUGGCCCUCUUCGAUGAGCACAAGAACACGCUGGCCCGCUUGGCGACACAGAGCCCCGAGAACCCCAAGCUGGAGAUGCUGGAGGACAUCCUGCGGACUCAGUUCAGGAGCCCCGACAGCCCCCGGGGCAUCAUCUUCACCCGCACCCGCCAGAGCGCGCGCUCCCUGCUGCUCUGGGUUCAGCAGCAGCCCGGCCUGCAGACAGUGGACAUCAGGCCCCAGCUGCUGAUCGGGGCGGGGAGCAGCAGCCAGAGCGCCCACAUGACCCAGAGGGACCAGGAAGAGGUGAUCCGGAGGUUCCGUGCUGGCACGCUGAACCUGCUGGUGGCCACGAGUGUGGUGGAGGAGGGGCUGGACAUCCCUCACUGCAAUGUGGUGGUGCGCUACGGGCUCCUGACCAACGAGAUCUCCAUGGUCCAGGCCAGGGGCCGAGCCCGGGCAGAUCAGAGUGUGUACUCAUUUGUGGCAACGGAGGGCAGCCGGGAGCUACGGCGGGAGCUGACCAAUGAGGUGCUGGAGGUGCUGAUGGAGCGGGCAGUGGCUGCUGUGCAGAAGAUGGACCAGGCUGAGUAUCAGGCCAAGAUCCGACAGCUGCAGCUGGCAGCCCUGGUGCAGCGCGCGGCCCGGGCCGACCAGAAGGAGCAGGCGCGGCAGCAAUUCCCGGCCGAGCACGUGCGGCUCCUGUGUGUCAACUGCAUGGAGGCCGUGGGCCACGGGAGCGACCUGCGGAAGGUGGAGGGUGCCCACCACGUCAACGUGAACCCCAACUUCUCGAUCUACUAUGCCGUCUCCCGGGAACCCGUGCCCAUCAACAGAGAGUUCAAGGACUGGAAGCCGGGGGGUGCCAUCAGCUGCAGGAACUGUGGGGAGAGCUGGGGCCUGCAGAUGAUCUACAAGUCCGUGAAGCUGCCGGUGCUCAAAGUCCGAAGCAUGCUGCUCGAGACCCCUCGAGGGCGCAUCCAGGCCAAGAAGUGGUCCCGCGUGCCCUUCCCGGUGCCGGAUUUCGACUUCCUGCAGCACUGCACCCAGAGCCUGUCCGACCUCUCGCUGGACUGACCGCUUCGUUGCUGCAGUACCCAGCUCAGCCUGCAGGGGGCAGGAGACUCCGCAGCAGCCAUCCCCUUCCCCCACCAAUCCUAGACCAGUCCGCCUCUUUCCUGUGUCAGCAGCCCUGGGUGCUGUGCUGACCAGGGAACAGCCGGGUGCCCAGAUGGUCGAGGCUCCCAAAGUGAGGAAGCUCAGCCCCUGACCAGCUGCACACACACGCACUGGAUGGAGCUAGGGGAAACUGAGGCAGGAGGCUUGCCAUUCUGUGUGCUAGGAAGCACGACACCCCUGUCCUGCCAAGGUCACCAAUUAAGGCUACAUGGGAAGAUGGAGUAGAAAAUGUGUGGAAGACUUAACCCUGGUGGAAUAAACUGCACGUACUG